AUGGAGGAAACGAAGAUUAUCUACCACAUGGAUGACGAAGAAACGCCGUAUCUGGUGAAGCUCAACAUAUCGCCGGAGAGAGUGACUCUGGCCGAUUUCAAGAACGUCUUAAAUCGGCCGAAUUACAAAUAUUUCUUCAAGUCGAUGGACGACGACUUUGGUGUGGUUAAAGAAGAAAUUAUAGAUGACGAUGCUCACCUGCCGUGUUUCAAUGGUCGAGUUGUGUCUUGGUUGGUAUCAGCGGAAGGUAGCAAUGUCUCAGAUGGUGCAUCCCAAUGUACAGACUCUAUGGCACACAGUGAAGCCAAGCAUGACCGUGUGGAUCAUGCGACUCCUGGACAUGGUAACAGAGGAACUGCACCGCUUUCACAUGAUGACACAUUGACAGAGACAGAAAGUAUCAUAAGUAGUCGACAAGGACACCAUUUGCAUAAAAGCUCGAGGCAUCAUUCGGAGAAAUAUGAAAAAUACAACAAGUACAAUGGACUUCGUAUAAAUGGUCAUUCAAAGCAUCGCUCGGGUCACGGGUAUGAAACUGCUUCCAUUCUCAGCUCGGAUUUAGAAACAACAACGUUUUUGGAAUCUGACGACGACGCAAGUAGUCGUAUCACAUCGACGACAGGCCGGCACACCAAUAUGAGCAGCGCGGUCGAUAGGGGUACUCUGGAUCGACGUCGACCACAGAGAAGACGGCGGCACAGAUUACCACCCAUGUCCCGAACAUCGUCAUUUAGUAGUAUUACCGACAGUACAAUGUCUUUAAAUAUUAUAACUGUUUCGCUCAACAUGGACACUGUUAAUUUUCUGGGUAUCAGUAUCGUUGGUCAAAGCAACAAGGGUGGAGAUGGGGGAAUAUAUGUUGGCUCGAUAAUGAAAGGGGGAGCGGUUGCUUUAGAUGGUCGAAUAGAACCCGGUGACAUGAUUCUUCAGGUCAAUGACAUUAAUUUCGAAAAUAUGUCGAACGACGAAGCAGUGAGAGUGUUGCGUGAGGUAGUACAGAAACCAGGACCAAUAAAGCUUGUAGUUGCAAAAUGUUGGGAUCCGAAUCCGAAAGGUUACUUUACGAUACCUCGUACAGAACCGGUACGUCCUAUAGAUCCUGGUGCAUGGGUAGCGCACACAGCCGCGAUACGUGGCGAAGGCUUCCCGCCUCGUCCACCAAGUGCCACAACAUUAACUUCGACGUCGAGCAGUCUCGCGAGCACGUUGCCAGAUACCGAACGUCCCUUAGAAGAGCUUCAUCUGACCGUCAAUACCGACAUGCCGACGGUGGUACGAGCAAUGGCUCGGUCCGACUCGGGAUUAGAGAUACGCGAUCGCAUGUGGCUCAAAAUAACCAUUCCGAAUGCGUUCAUCGGUGCAGAGGUUGUGGACUGGCUGAAUACUCACGUGGAAGGAUUUAUCGAUCGCCGCGACGCUAGAAAAUAUGCGUCGCUCAUGCUAAAGGCUGGCUUCAUUCGGCACACAGUGAACAAAAUAACAUUUUCCGAACAAUGCUAUUACAUAUUUGGUGAUUUGUGUUCAGCCAUGAGUAGCAUGAAAUUGGAUUGUGAUACGGUUGGUCCUUUGCCACCGCCGAACGCUUGGGACAUGCCUUACUCGGGAACGUACGCGCCACAUUCGGCGACAGGUUACAGUCCUAUGCCGUUCAAUUUUACAAACGAGCCCACCGUCUACGGUUACCAUCGAGAGGAGAGCGUGCACAGUGGUUCGGGUGGAAGCAGCGCCGGUAGUGAACGCAUUUGCAAGGAACCCAUUCACGACUUGAAAUCGUGCUCUUCGGCAUCAGAAUCAGAGUUGCAUAAUCCAUCGGUGCCAUCGAUGCCCAGCAAAAAUUCCGGCAACGGUAACGGAUCGAACGGAAAAAGAUCCAACGGUAGCCGCAGUCGUUCCAGUGGUUCCGAACAAUCUGUUCAAACAGGAACAGGCUCGGGAAAUCAGCAGAAUCAGCAAGACUUAUCUGACGAAGAAGACAUUUUGGAAUACCAGUUUCUACAUAAGUGAGGAUCUUUGUUAACGUAUACGUAACAUAACGAUGAUAACGCGAUUCGAACGAAUUGUCAAGGUACAUUGACUUUAUUAGUUGGAUGGGUGGAAGUAGCACACGCGAAACAUAUAUUUAUAUAUUUAAUAGGCCAAUUUUGAUAAAAUAUCAUAGAAAGUAAAAAAUUAAGAUUCUCGUAAUUAUGAUUUAUAACGGCUAUACACACAUAAUAAAAUUAAGACCGUAGAGGUCGUCGUGGCAAUUAGAAUUUGUUUAAGAAUGUUGACAUAACCCGCAUUAUAUUUUCCGACUGUUGAGAUGAUAUUGAUAAUUUUCUAAAAAAAGAAAGGAAAAAAAAUAUUGACUAAGGGAGAAAGUAAAAAAGGAGUAUAACAAUUCGACAUCAGAAGGCAAACUAAUACGGUUUACGUACAAUUAGAAAUUUAAAUUUUACAUAUGAUGUGAAGAACAAGUGGAAACGAGAUGACAAAAUGAAAAUUAUAUUUAAUAAGAAGAAAGGAGAAGAGAUUAUAGUCGCCCGUCGAUUUGUUUUCGGAUGUUACGAUGUAGCUUUUGUUUUUUUUUUCAAAGUUUGAUUCCAACAGAUCAUUAUAUUAUCAAUGGUAUGAUACGUAAAUAAAUUGUAAAAAUAUAAUUGUGUGAUUGAUAAAA